AUGAAGAUCAAAUGGGCACCGUUAGAACGACCAUGGGCUAAUCUUGUGGCGAAGUACUGUGUUUUUGUUGCAAGACAUCCGUGGCCGUUUAUCAUCCUUCCAUGUUUUUUGACCGUUAUCCUCUCAUCUGGUAUAAUUUUACGACUUCAAAUAGUUCGUGGAGUUCACUACCUGUAUUCUCCAUUAAAUGCUCGAUGGAAGUCUGAAGAGGCAGUGUUUGGAGAAAAUUGGGCCGCCGACGAUGAUCACUUCUACCCAGGGAAAGACGUUCUUCGACGAAGAGGACUGUAUUUGAUCGUUGAAGCAAAAGACAAAGGCAAUGUGCUCAGGAGCGAUCACGCCAUACAAUUUUUACAGGUUCUUAAUUGGGUGACAACAGCUCGGUUUAUGUCAUCGAAAGGAGAGCGUUUCUCUUACAGAAACAUUUGCCUUCAUUUUCAGAACGAAUGUUUCUCAAACGUUCAGGCAAUGCUCAUUGCUGACAUCUUCGCCAGGAAUGAUCAGGCAAAAUUCAACAUCACUUAUCCAAGUUAUCGUACUCGAUUCGCUACCGAACCGAUAGAAGUCUCACGAACUCUCGGAGGCGUGACGCUUGACGGCGAUCGCGUUCAAUCGGCAAAAGCUUGGCUGGUGCUCUUUCAACUGAAACACCACGAUUCUGAAAUGGAAAAGCUUAGCGGGUUUUCGAUCACGUUCUCUUUUCUCAUUCUGUUCUCGAUUUUAUGCACGUUCAACCUGAAAUGGAUCACACUACCAACCGGAUUCCUGACAUUUUCUCCAGAUGCCAAAUUAAAGCUUCCCGUCAUUGACUGGGUGCUCAGUAAGCCGCUGAUGGGUAUCAUCGGUGUGAUAUCAGCACUGAUGGCUAUUGUCUCAUCAACUGGACUCCUUCUAUUACUAAAUGUGACAUUCGUCGAUAUGUGUACUGUAAUGCCGUUCUUAAGUCUCACGAUUGGCAUCGAUGACUCGUUCCUGAUGUUGGCAGCGUGGCACGACACUCCUCGUCAUCUUGACGUCGUUGAUCGUGUAGAGCUGUCGAUGAGACACGCAGCUGUCUCGAUCAGUAUCACCACACUCACCGACGCCCUUGCGUUCCUCAUCGGAGCCAUCGCUCCGCUACCAGCGGUAGGUUGA